GAAGUACUAGCAGGCACGACUGCCGGAGCGCGCGGUGCGCGGUGCGAAGAGUGAGAGAAAAAGUGUGUGAAGAAAGAGGGAAGAAGAAGAAGAAGAGCGAGGAGGAGAGCAGGGGACCCAACAGCCCUCUGUAUUCAUGGACCAUAAGGAUAUUUAACCAUUUGCCCGGGGAGCGCACAGACACCGCAGUCCAUGCCUCUGCCUUGCCAGGUCAUUGAUGGGAAAUCAACUGGAUCGGAUCACCCACCUCAACUACAGCGAGCUGCCCACGGGGGAUCCGUCCGGGCUGGAGAAGGACGAGCUUCGGGUUGGCGUCGCCUACUUCUUCUCUGACGAAGAGGAGGAGGUGGACGACCGCACUCCGUCCGACUGCGGCUUCACCAAGGACCACAGCCCGGCCGAGGAGGGACCCUUCUCGGUCAGCGAGGUGGAGUACUCAGCCUUCUGCUCCCAGGAAUGCAUCUUCUCCAAGCUGCGGGAGAACGAGGACUUGAAUGUGUACUCGGCCAAAACUUUGCUCACUAUGUGCAAACCGGGGGACCUGCUGGAGCUGGUGGCCACAGCGCAAGCCCCCCACUGGGCCAUCUACGAGCAGGACGACCAGGUCAUUCAUCUGCACAAGGGCGAGAUCCGCAAGGACAGCCUGCUUGAGAUCAGCAACGGCCGCCAUGGGAGGAUAGUCAACAAUCGGUACCGGUACCGACCGCUUCCUCCUGACCUAGUGAUGCAGAACGCAGUGGGACACCUGGGCCUGAGCAGCGAGGAGAUAUGCUGGACCAACGCGGAAAGUUUCGCCGCUUGGUGCCGCUUUGGGAAACGGGAGUUCAAGGCUGGGGGAGAGGUGCACUCGGCGGAGCAGCAGUAUUUCCUCAAAGUGCAUCUGUCCGGCAGCGGGGUGCACACGCUGGUCUUCCGCAGCUUGGAGGACAUGAUCCGGGAGAGGAGGCGAGUGGACGCCAGUGGAAUUCUGAAAGAGCUGUCUUUGGUUAACGGGGGCAAGGAGUGAUCAGGGAUUCCGUUUGAUCCCCCCCCCCCCCCCCCACCCCAAUCCCUCCCUCCCCUCCCUCCCAGCUGCGCACGGACGCACAGUUGUUUUUUUUUGCGCACAAGCAAACGUACUGGCACACACGCACACAAGCACACAGACGCACAUGCACAUGCAAAAAAAGGACCUGUUGGGUUUUUUUUGGGACUGUCUGGUGGAGCCACGGUGGCGCGCGCGCGCGCUGCGUCUGGACCGCAGGCGCUCAGUGGAAUUUCCAUCAAAUUGCACAGUGUUGAAAACUGAGAGACAGCGGCCAUGUAAACAGACAACGCCCCUUCAGAUAAGAAUUCGUGCGUGAGUGGGACACACGAUGUUCUGCUAACCCCACCCCCCCACACCCCGCCCCCCUCCGAACAGCAAAAUAUCACCUUUACAGACCUGACACGGCGCACACGGCUCGGUUUGGUUUUUCUGUUUAAUUUCUCGGGAUAAUGGAAUUGGCCCCCUCUCGGCGUGGGGCGCGUGCUGCGGCAGAACAGACGGUGAGAGAUGUGUGUGUGGGGUGGGGGGUGGGGGGGGGAUGAAAGAUAGGACCUGGGAUGGCGCUCUAAAAGUCUCCCUUCUAUUUUUUUACUGUUAGCUUUAAGACCGGGACUGGCCAUAACACAGAUCCACUACAUCCUAGACCUCUGACGGUCCCAGAUGGCUACGCAGUUGCCUAAACAAAGCAGUUGGCUUGUACAAGCUCCCCUUUUGCCAUAACAAGAGUAUUGUCAUUCUCACAAUGCUGCCAUCCUGCUCCACAGCACUGGAUGUAUGUGUAAAUUGUAUUCAUAUAUUGAUUUCAAUUUGAUUCCCUUAUUUUUGUAUUUAAGUUUAGUGGAAUUAAACCUGAUCUCUUUUGUUGUUUCAAAUAAAUGGAGAUUGAAAUAUGAAAAUGA